AUGGAUAAAAAAAGUUUUAAAAAGGGUCAUUUUUUGCAUAUUGAGAGGAAGAAAUAUCGAAAGGAAUACAAGCAUUUGAAAAAUUUAUUUAAACAAGAUUCGUUAAAGAUCAUUCAUAAUGAGGAAGUUAAGGAUAGAUCUAUUUAUAAAUACUGGAUACAUAGAAAAAAAUUGUUUUCUUUGAUUGGUACUUCUCCUAUUUAUAUGACACAUGAAUUAUGGUUUAGCGUUACUCCAGAAGUUAUAGCCAUAUUUAUAGCAAAAUUUGUCAAAGCCUGUCUUCCUAAUGCAACCAAAAUAUUGGAUAUAUUCUGUGGCGGUGGUGGUAAUCUAAUUCAGUUUGCCAAAUUAUUUCCAAAGGUUUAUGGUGUAGAUUAUUCUUUGGAACAUUUAUAUUGCACAUACAAAAAUGCUAUCAGUUACGAUGUAGCUGAUAGAAUAUGGUUAAAAUAUGGUUCAUGGCCAAGAUUAGCUGCAAAAGGAAGAUUUGAUAACUUGGGUAUUGACUGUGUUUUUGCUUCCCCUCCUUGGGGUGGUCCCCAAUAUUUGAAACAAGAUGUUUAUGAUUUGGAAAAUAUGCUAGAGCCUAAAGGUAUAACAGAUUUACUUCAAAGUUGUGCAAAUGUCAGUGACAAUAUCAUAUUAUUUCUACCGAGAAAUUCAAAAUUAUUACAGCUCUCUAGGGCAACUAGAAAAGUAUUUGGUCUUCAAGCCAAAUGUAAAGUCGUUUACGUUAAACAAAAUGGUUAUUUAAAAGGAAUGUUAUGUAUUUGGGGGGAUGCUUUAAUCAACUACAAUGAACUUCCGAACGAAAUAGACGAUGAAGUUAUUGCUAAUGAAAGCAAUUCAUCCGAUGAGGUUAUAGAUAAUGCAUCAACGUCAGCGGAUAAUAAAGAACAGAAAUCAUCUGAAAAAAAAUUCAAAUUCAAUUAUGACCUUUAUGGGUGA